UGGGCCACACCGGAUGUCCCCAAAAUGUCCCCAAAAUGUCCCCUCGAUGUCCCCUCCCCAAAUUCCAGCCUGGCCUGCCUGUUCCUGAAGCGGGGGGCUGACGUCAACGCGGUGGACGCGGACGGGAGGGACCCCCUGACCAUCGCCAUGGACGCGGCCAACGCCGACAUCGUCACCCUGCUGCGAUUGGCCAAGAUGCGAGAGCUGGAGGUGGCCCAGGGACAGACCGGUGACGACACCUACCUGGACAUCUUCCGCGACAUCUCCCUGAUGGCCUCGGACCACCCCGAGAAGCUCGCCCGGGCCCCGCCCCCCAAGCACUCCACGCUUUAGCCACGCCCCUCGGCAGACCACGCCCCCUUUGUCAAAACCACGCCUCUUUAGGCAGAGCCACGCCCCCUUGGGAAAAACCACGCCUCCGGGACGGCCACGCCCCCUCGGCAGGGCCACGCCCCUUUAGGCGGAGCCACGCCCCUUUUGGCAGAGCCACGCCCAUUUUGGCAGAGCCACGCCCCUCUACAGGACCACGCCACUUUAGGCGGAGCCACGCCCCUUUAGGAAAGCCACGCCUCUUAGGAAAAACCACGCCCCCUUUGACAAAGCCACACCCCUCGUCAGGACCACGCCCUUUUUGCAGAGCCACGCCCCCUCGACAUAGCCACGCCCCUUUCGGGAGAGCCACGCCCCCUCGUCGGGCAGCAGCCAAUGGAAUAAAGGCUCGGUUGGACCAAAA